AUGUCGACCAUGUUAGACCACCCGAGGACAGGCGAUCGCGAGCCUCUGCUGCCCCAACAUCGGGACCAUAUCGCUCCUGAUGUAGUCACAGGCCAUCAACGGAGUUUAGACAAGAAGUUACAUACGUACCUCCUCCUCCGAGCCCUAGCGAGGGGGUAUCUUCCAUCCACAGAACAAUCGAUCGUACUGCUUCGAAAAUUGCUUGCAUCUGACCUCCUAGCGCCGGAUAAUCAGAAUCUAACUUACGAUGGGCGGAAAUUUAUUACUUUAAAUCGACGUCUUGUGAAGCAGUUGAUUGAAUUGAUACAGGCAAAGAAUUCUGGUGAUGAGGUUCAGAACUUCCUCUGGGCUGUGCGAAAUGCGAAGUUGCAUGUUGACUUGCAAGGUGUCACUGAGGCGGCCACCGAUUUCAAAACCGCUAAUUACAAGGCUGCAUACUCAAGUCUUUCCACAAUAUCUUCUUUAAUAUUCCAAAACCCGGAUUUCAACAAAUUGUUCACGGAUAUCGUUACGGUACUCCGACAAGCUCUUUCAAGCGGUGUAAAUACCGCUGCAGAAACAAUCGAACAAGUUGCGGACGAGAUAGAACCGCCAGAUACACUUGUCGAUAUUAUUGGAGAAGCGCCCGACACGGAUCAGCCCCGAGUCGACAAAGAAACGAAAAAAACAGCUCAAGAAAUUGGCGAGACUCUUGAAGAAGGUAUGAAGAAGGCUGUCAAGGAUGCGAAAGAUACAAUUGACGAAGAAAUUACGCCCGAGAGAAAGAAGGCUAUGAAAAAACGGGUUCAACAAGCAGUUCUUAACCUCAAAAGAAACGCAGACUACGAUACUUCUGUCUCAACGGUUACCUUACUAUUAAAAAAUUAUCUUAUUACGUAUAGUACGGCUGUGGAAGAAGCUAUUGAUGAGGCUACUGAAGAUGUGAGACCAAAUAAGGCUCUUCUUCAAGCCGGGGAGUUGUUCUGGAAAUUCAUUUCAUCAUUCGGUGAACGCCAACAAUGGGAAAUCCUGAAAGAAAAGUUUAAAAUACUUCUGGAACAUAAGGAUAGAGAUCCGGAUUUCGAAAAUGUUAUCAACGUAGUGGUUGAUUCCCUCAGACGUCUUCUUACUGAUCCGGACUAUCUUUUUACCGACGAGGAAGAAAUCAAGGCGCGGUACGAUGAGUUGAAGAAUAAAGUAGGCAGUUCUGGCGGGAACAAACUUCGAGAGGAUGUAGACGGAGUAAUUAAACAACUCCACCGAGUUGUAUCCUCAGUUCACAACGAUAAGCAAAUUACAUCUGUCAGAGGCACUGCCUACUCAAUCGCGGACCUCGCCUUAACGAACUCGGGAGGUUACGAGCUCAAUUCUAAUCUGAUUUCGGAUGUCGGCAACGUCUUGGUCCCACUCGCAUUAGAAACAAUCCAGUAUGUCCCAAUCCCUAGGCUCACGCUUGUCUCGCCGGAUAUCGACGUCCUGCUCGAGCCAAUCAUAUUCGAACCGGGCAGAACCGUAAACCAGUCUUCCUUUUUACCUUACCGGGUAGCAGUUGUCACAACCAACGAGCUGGAUGUAUUCAAGGGAUGGAGAAGAACCGAGACCCACAAGUCCUCCGAAGCUAGGAUCAAAAUCGAAGGGUUUACAUUCAAAGCCGAGGAUGUGGGUUACAUUAUGAAAGUUCACCGGAAUUGGCUGGUUAACUUUACCGACAAAGGCAUUGCAUCUGUAAGGCUGGACGAAAAAGGUAUAGACAUAUACCUUGACGUUGAAUUUACCAAAAGUUCUAUCGACGAGCUAGUUAUUCUCAAGGGCGUAUCCGUCAAGCUGCACAAAGUCGACUUUGCGCUUCGACAGAGCAAGUUUUCGUUUCUGGCUUGGCUAUUCAAGCCAAUUAUUAAAUCAAUGCUGCGGAAACUAUUGCAGAACUCUCUACGACAAGCGAUAGAGGAUGGAUUGAGAUCAUUGAACCGAGAAAUGAUCUAUACUCGUGAAAGAUUGAGGGCAACGAGGAUUGCAAAUCCCCACGAUCUGACGACAUUCAUUCGUGCUGUUUUGGCACGGUGGACGGCCCCUAACGAGCUGCCUAUUGAGGUCGGCAUUGACUGGAGAGCUCAUCGAGCAAGUGGUAGAGCGGAAGCCCCAUUCGAUGGUGAAUACGCGCCAGGAAGCCUAGUAGGUUUGUUCGAAACAGAAGGGAUGGGCGCGACUGAUAGGGUUAAGGAAGGUGAUGCUGGAGGCUGGAAAAACGCUUGUUUUGAUAUUUAG